AUGUCCGCCAACGAGCUCACCGCCGCGGAUGAGGUUUGUGAUGAGAGAAUAAACUUUAAUGUGGCUACCUCAAAUCAAACUGAAAAUGGAGACAUAACCACAGUUAGUUUGGUGGAGUCAGAGAGGGCGGCCUAUACAUUUAUUCCUCAAACUCCUAUCAGAUCAACUGAUGCACACCUUGAGGAGUUCUCUGAAGCUUUGAGAACUGUUGCAAAAACGCUGCGACGAGUUGCAGAAGGGAAAGCUGCUGCUCAAGCAGAUGCAGCUGAAUGGAAGCGCAAGUAUGAAUUAGAGAUGGCAUCCAACGAACACAAACGUCAUAAUGUAAUCAGAGGCUGCAGUAACUUUGGGAACGACAAGUUAGAGCAACCGACUAGUCAAUUGGCAUUGGAGAUUGCCCCCAUUGAUCAAACAAGUUGUUGUGGAAACCAUGGGAUCUGUUCACAUCAAAUACUCCAGGAUGAAUGUCCUGGACCUAAACGAAAACAAGAUGAAAAGAUUAUUGGAAGAAAGGCACCUUUUAGACUUGUAUGGGGAUGCGAUGGGGAUAAGAAUGGUCAGCACAAGCGUGAUUUUGUGUCCUUCGAAAAAGGUGACAUAAAAACAGCGGAGCGCAGCAAUAAGCAGAUUUUGCUAAAAUGGGAAUCCCCUCCGCAAACAGUUCUUUUUGUUACUAAACCUAAUUCCAACUCUGUGCUUGCUCUCUGCGCUGAAAUGGUUAGAUGGCUUAAAGAGCACAACAAUAUGAAUGUAUUCGUAGAGCCACGGGUUAGAAAGGAACUACUGGCUGAAGAUUCUUACUUCAGCUUUAUCCAGACAUGUAAUAAUGAUCAGGAAGCAAAGACAUUACAUACGAAAAUUGAUCUGAUUGUAACUCUUGGCGGUGACGGAACUGUUUUGUGGGCUGCAUCAUUAUUCAAAGGGCCAGUUCCCCCUGUUGUUGCGUUCUCUCUUGGAUCAUUGGGAUUCAUGACUCCAUUCCCAAGCGAGCAAUACCGUGAAUGUUUGGGCAAUGUGCUAAAACAACCAUUUAGCAUCACAUUGAGGAGCCGUCUGCAGUGUCAUGUGAUCCGUGAUGCAGCUAAGGAGCAAGAUGAGACUGAGGAACCAAUUCUAGUACUAAAUGAAGUGACAAUUGACCGUGGAAUGUCAUCUUACCUUACCUACCUAGAAUGCUACUGUGACAGUUCUUAUGUUACACGCGUACAAGGAGAUGGGCUAAUAAUAUCAACAACAUCUGGAAGCACUGCAUAUUCAUUGGCAGCUGGAGGAUCAAUGGUUCAUCCACAGGUACCGGGGAUCCUUUUCACACCAAUCUGUCCGCACUCGUUGUCAUUCAGGCCGUUGAUUCUACCAGAAUAUGUAACUCUGCGCGUGCAAGUGCCAUUCAAUAGCAGGGGGCAGGCUUGGGCAUCCUUUGAUGGCAAGGGCAGGAUUCAGCUAGGACCAGGUGAUGCGCUCAUCUGCAGUAUUUCCCCUUGGCCUGUACCCACAGCGUGCCUUGCGGACUCGACAACCGACUUCCUGCGAAGCAUCCAUGAGGGUCUCCACUGGAACCUGAGGAAAAGCCAAUCGUUCGAUGGCCCAUCUGCAUGA